AUGCAGUGUGCGGAGAUUUACGGGCACGUGGAGUGGCUCCAGGUCUGCGACUGCGUCGACUUGGCGACGGGCUUGCGUGACAACGUCACGGUCGCAGCGCCGCGGCUGGAGGCUGCGAAUUUGUACUUCUCGGUGCCUGCGUUCGUCGUGCUCUUCCGCGAGAGUUUGGAGGUCGUGAUCGUCCUGGCCAUCAUCAUGCAAUUCUUGACCAAGAUGAAGAAAGACGGUCUCCUGGAGCCGGCGCUCUUUUACAAGUUUCGCCGCGAGGUUUACAUCGGAGCCUCCAUGGGCUUCGCUCUUUGCCUGGUCUUUGGUGUCGGCUUCCUGGCCUUGGCCUCUUUGACCUACCAGCUUUUUGAGGGCGACAACGAGCGGGUCUUUCAGUUCUGCAUGAUGAGUCUGACCUGCAUCGUGUUGACCUUCCUCGCUGUCAAUUUUUACAAGAUGAUCUACUCCAAAGAGGCGCACGAGCGGAAGAUGAGGCGGCAGAUGGAGGAGACGCUCGAAGCUACCCAGGCAGCCGCCGGUGGGGAGGAGGUGGGCUUUGGCAAGAAGCAUGCCUUCUUCGUUCUCGCCUUCACCACAGGUCUACGAGAGGGCUUGGAAUCAAUCGUGUUCCUCGUGGGGGUCAUCUCAGAUGUUAAGGAUCUUAGCGCCUUGCCCCUGCCGAUCAUCACUGCCCUGAUCUUGGCCCGAGUCGUCGGGUUCUGCUUCUUCCAGGGAACAAAGAGUCUGAAAGUCGAUUGGUUCAUGCGCGUCUCGGCUGUCCUGCUCAUGUGCAUCGCUGCGGGCUUCUUCUCGGCCUCAAUGCAUCAGCUCCAGGAGCUCGAUGUCUUUGGGACGUGGAGUCCAAGAAGCGAGCGGCCCUGGCAGAAUGUGAAUGUUUGGGACGCAACCGUCUGCUGCAAUGACAAAACGAAUCGCUUCUUCGUCCUGAUGCGGGCUCUCUUUGGCUGGCAGGAUCAGGCAACACCGAUUGAGAUCUUUGCGUACAUCUUGUAUUGGAUGGUGGCGAUUGCCAUCGUCACCUGCAUGGUCUUGCGUGCCAAGAAGCAGAUGCAGAAGAUGGUGGAGCGGUGGCGCUUGGAAGACGAGCAGGCUGCUGCCAAAGCACAGGAGGCUUGGCCUGAGACCGCAGAGUCCUAA